AGCGAGGGCGAGGUUUUGGGUAAUUAGAAACGGACACCGGCGAGCUCGUUCUUUCUCUUCCUCGCCCCCCCUUAGUCUCUCUCUCUCUCACCUGAACUCUGCUCUCAACGAUUCCGGCCGUGCCGAUCUCGCCGUCGAAAAAAUGACUACAUCAAAGAGACUUGCGGACAGGAAGAUUUCAAAGUUCGACAAGAACAUCUUGAAGAGAGGAGCUGUUCCUGAAACCACUGCCAAGAAGGGGAAGGAUUACCCUGUUGGACCUUUCCUCCUGGGGUUCUUCAUCUUCGUCGUCAUUGGAUCAUCUCUGUUCCAGAUAAUCAGGACGGCAACAAGUGGAGGCAUGGCUUAAGUUUGGUGGAAGAACUGAUUUUACUUUAGAGAAUGACAAUCUUAAAAUGAGUUGUUUCGUUUGUUCUUUGUCCCCUUAUCUAUAUAGCAUGUAACGAUGAAAAAGAGUAAAGAUAAUGUGUUCGUGUACUGUGAUUUUCAGGAAUCUUAAUAAACAGUUCGUUCGGUCCCUCGUUA